UGGUUUGUCAAAGUCCUCGGGUUGUUAAAAAACUGUACAUUGUCUUGCAAACGUCUUUGUUUUACUGAACUAAGAAGUUAUACUGUCAGACGAAAGAUCUGUUUCAAGUAGUAAAAUAUGGCUGACGCAGGCAAAGUGUUAGAAGAUAUCGACGGUUUUGACAAACAGAAGUUACGGCAUGUUGAGACUGAAGAGAAAGUCGUAUUGCCAAACAAAGAAGUUAUUAAGAAGGAGAAAACUGAGAAACAGCUGCUACAAGAGAUCGAAACACCACAUUCUUUGAAACGUACUUCAACAAAAGAAAAGAACCCUCUUCCUACCAAGGAAGACAUUGCUGCGGAAAAAGCUAUCCACUGAUCACUCAAAAAUGUUCAUUUCGCUCGUGUAAUCUGCGCCUUUCCCUAAUCAGAACGUUUUUAUUCCUUUCAGCUUUUUUAUUCGAAGCUUUGUGCAUUCUUAUAUUAAUUGCUGUAAUACUAUAAAUUUCUAUACUAAAAGAUCUGUCGUUUUGUUGAAAAUGUACUUGUACGUGGCAAUUUCUACGGUUCAUAACAAAAGGUUUAGUAUUUCUGAUCUUGUUUAUAGACUUAGGACUUGUCAUUACAGACAUCUGAUCCCUAUAUAGUCAAUGUCAACCUUUAAAUUAACAAAUUCGUUUCAUUUCGUGGCAUUUUUACACCCGUUUGUACCAUCAUAAGUUAACUGUUGUGUAUUCUAUGUGGAUUUUUAGGUGAUUGCCUAACUUCAUUCUAAUUGGAUUAAUUAGUUUUCACUAAGGAUUUUGUUACACUUGCUAAUCUUUAUUGAUCGUAUUUGGACUGUUUUAAG